AUGAGGAGGAUCAUCCCCAUUUCCGCCGGAAGAACCAAACAAACCAUCACUCGACAUCCUGUCCACCUCAACUACCCAAAAGUAUCAAUUCAACCUUCAUCUACCAUUCCUUCAGCUCGCUUCAACGCACCAUGGCAGAUGUCUACAUCAUCUUGGAGGACUAGCCAUAGUCUUGUAGUGAGAAGCAGCUUACAUGGUAUCCUCUCAAAGCGACAAUUCAGUGGCUCACCUAUAUUCAACAUCACCGAUAGACUCGAUUCGGACGAUAUGGCAUCAUCCAGCAAGAACGUUGUGACUCCCGAGAAGAACAUCGCCAAUACACCUAAGGUCAUUGAUCUAGAUCUGGAGAUAGGAUUAUGGGAAGGUAAAGCUGUUUUCACCAAAGAGGCUUUGACAGUCAGAUCGAUACGGCCAAACGCAUGCGAGACACCUAAAAAUAGCAAAGAUCCAAAACCCUCUGGAUCAUUUACAUCCCCAAUAUCAAUAUCAUCUACUCCAUCUUCAUCUCCUCAAACGUUAUCCAGACCGAGAGCCGUACCCCACUAUACAUCUCCAUUACCACGGACCAUCCUUACUCCUAGCACACACACCUGGGUAGAACUACCUCCUUCUCAGCGAACUGGAGUUACUCAGACACAACCUGCUAAACCGAUUCACCCAUUUUUCAAUCGAACGCGUACUGCGCCUCCUACCUCCCAACCGAGAUAUACAGCCCACUACUCAUCUACUGAAGCCAGCUCGACUCAACAAAGUGAAAGUCAGGAUAGCACGCCUUCAUCGUCUAAAGCUCCUUCUACGGUUGAUCACAAUAGGGACAGGGAUCUAGAUCUGUUAGCUGAGGAAGUUGGUAAAUUACACUUUGGAUAUGGUUAUCCUCCCAAGCCAACAUCCAAGUCUGCUCCCCCUCCCACGCAAUCACAGUCUGAUGAGAAUAAAUCAUCCAAACAACAAGGUGAAGAUAUGACUAUAUCCAAUGCCAAGUCAUCGACGAGCGUAUCAUUCAAGGUAAUAACAAAUAAUGGUAAACUCCAGUCUAAGUCCGUAUCUCCUAAUUCAAUGGAUUUACCUUUAUUCCACUUCGAUCAAUAUUCUCCCAAGCCCCAGAUAGCCUAUACCGCUUCCAUCGAAGAGGCGAAUGACCUACUGGGAUGCUUGAAAGGUGAUAUACUAGGCUUCGAUCUUGAAUGGCCACCUGCAGGAACGUACAAGAUCCCUCAACCUGACGGUACCAUGAAGAGCGUGAAGAUUGGGAUGACGUGGGAUGAGAAGAAAGGCGGGUAUGUAUUUGGGCAGGGGAGGACGGCAUUGAUGCAGUUUGCGGAUGAGAAGUUGGUGGUUCUUGUGCAUCUGGGUGAGAAGAUGGAUAUCCCUUCCAAAGCCAUCGAGAUCCUCCGUUCAGCUACGAUUUACAAACUGGGUGUACAAGUCAGAGGAGACGGUCAGAAACUCUUACGUGAUUUCCCACAACAUUUUAUCUCUACAUCUUCUUCCGACAUGGGUAUAAAGGGAUUGUUGGAACUUUCUUUCUUGGCCAGGGGAGUCGAUCCGAUAGGUACUGGACCUGGAAAUAGUUUGAUUAGCCUUUCGAGGUUGGCUGAAAGGUAUUUGGGUAAAAGGCUAGAUAAGAGUUUGGACGUGAGGAAAGGGAAUUGGUUUGAAAGAUUGGAUCAGAAACAGAAGGAUUACGCUGCAAACGAUGUUUAUGCCUCUUUACAGAUAUUCAAAUCCUUGAGGCGCAUCGCUGAAGAAAAUAACUUUGGAGUGGAUUUAAACAGAUAUCUAUCGAUUGUGGACAAUUCUGUACCAAUAAACAAAUUGACUUCUACAAAUCCUGGGGAGGAGAUAUCGGGAACUCGAAUACAGAUUGGAGAGAUGAUAGCUACACUGGCAGAAGGAGUGAAACCGCCUACCCCUGCUCAACUUGGUGCAUUGAGUGAUUUUGUGAAAGGCAUGACUAUCGCUAAGAUUGCUGAGCAGAAGGGAAUAAAGGUGGCUACUGCUGAAGGAUAUAUCUGCAGUGCAUUACAAUCAAUCGGACUGGACUUCCUCAUGGACGAAGAGAGGAAACGACUAUGGGAUGAGAUACCUAGAGAUAUGUAUACUUGGAAAAGGAAUAAGGAGUUGUACAAAGUAUUGAAGAAGGAAUUUGAUUCUGAUGCGGUCAGUGCUAGUGAGAGUGAAACAGAUAACGUACCUUGA